CCAUUUUUUCAUGUAUAAACGGACGCUCUGCGCCUGGAAUACCACGCUGCACCUUCUCCUUCUCAACGCUUACCAGGCACCUAUCUGUCUGUCAUGACGUCUUGGAAGAUUAUACCUGAUCCAUCCGACAUCCAGGUUCAGUAUACCUCGUUUCUCAAUUCGCGGAGUUUUUUUGCUGUUGAUGCGUCUGGGUCAGCAGGGUUCAACAGCAACAGCGUUCUAAACUCCGAACGUGUUUUCGUAGAAUCGGUCCCGGUAAACCAAGAGGCUCGAGUCGCAAAAUGGGGUCAAGAAUGUGAUGCUCCGAGACGUCUCUCCACAAUAAAGUGGAAGGCUGAUCAUGGUGGAACCACCCCUUCUUCUAUCCUCAAUAAGAAGGAGGCCUUGGAAUGCAUCCAGAAGUCAGAUUGCUGGUUUCUAUUAACCGAUGGUCAAGUGUUCGGGAGCGACGUCAAUCAGCUUGCAGAGCUUGCCAUGGAGCACGACGUAUUGAGCAUACCCGUGGUAUUUCUUAUCACAGGCUCGCGAGGCAGUACUCCGGAAACAACGGACAUUUCGGUUGGCAUUUCGUUUUUCGCGAACUCACAUGACACUCUUAUACUGUUCAAAGAAGUCGAGACAGGUCGGAUCUAUAUCAUUGCUGCAAAGGGAUGUUUCUCCGUUCUGAACACAAGAGCUUCAGCAAGAAACCUUUCUAGUUGGGAUGAGAUCACCAAGUUCAAAAACGAACGGGAAUUUUUCCAACACUGCAAAAGCCUUGACAUUUCGGUUCCCAAAUACGAAUAUCGCAGGAAUCUCCCCAAGGGGGUCAGCUUGGGACCAGAAUGGGAAAAGGUUCAUCACGGCCCUGUGUAUGUUGACCUUGAUCAAUUGGUCAAAGCAGCAGCUCUUCCCGACGAUGAACUUUUCCCUCUGCUUGCAGAAGAAGCUUUCAACAACCUGUGUAUUGCUUUUAAGAUACGACGUCGAAUCGCAGAACUUCGCCCCUUUAUCGCCAAACACAAAUCGCAGCAGGUGACUCCGCAGCUGGAGGAUGUAGCCGGAGCUGCUAAGAUAAUUUCGGGCAUGGGCGAAGAGGGAAUCACUCUAAGUCAGAAGAAAGAUCUCCAGGAGCGCCUACGAGAAGCACACGCUAAGAAUCGAGAGCAUUACCAGGAAAGAAUUGCGACAUUCUCCUCGUCUCCGGAAGUGCAAGUAGUGCGCAAGCGCAAUCAACUAGUUGAUGCCGCUCUAAGACAGUUGACUGAGAUUGAGUACUCUGGAUUUACUGCCGAAAUACUCGCGAGGAGUAGCAAUCGGGCUCGACGAGCCGCGGUUGUUUCUUCGGACUCAACAUUGGCUCUCGCCAACCUAAACUUCGAUGUUCCUUCAUACAAAGGCUAUUGUCUAGUCUGCUGCGGCGACGAAGAAGUGAUGUCGAUUUCCUUGAAGUUCCUCGAGCAAGAGGAGACUGCCGCAAACACUGCUGAUUUCGCUCUCAAUUUUCCUUUAGCCGCUGGGCGCUCUUCGAGAAAUCUAGAAGUUGUCUCGAGCCAGAACGUGUGUUUUCAAUGCGCUCUUCUCGGACCCUCUGGCCUCUCCAUUUACAAGGAACGGCUCUCCGGAAUACUCCCAUGUCUCGCUUACGAAGGUUCGAACAAGAAGUACAUCAAUCAGCAGCUGUACCUCACGUUGACAGGUGGUUUGCAAACUGGUGCAUCAGGCCUAUCUCAACUUUUCAUGACGAUUCUUGAGCAGACUGUGAAGACGAAAUCAUGGGCCGGGUCCAUGUUGCAGAACGGGGAUGCCUCGGCAGAUGAACAGAACGAAGCUGUCCAGCGACGUUCUACAUUCCUUUGGAUGCUGGCUAAUAUGCUGAAGUCUACGAGGUGCCGGCAAACAUUCAGUGAAGUUGGGGAAUGGGUGACGUUCUCCGAGGCACUGAUUUGGGCUGCCGAAGACUUCGAGCAAAACGGGGUCGCCAGCUUCGUCAUAACGUAUCCUAUGAAAGGAUUCAUGCAACUGCUGUCCUUUGGUUCUAAGUCUGGCGCUUUUUCAGAAGUUCUCAUUCGAACCAUGAAGAUUUCUAAAGUUCUUCACUCUGUCACGACGUUGUUUCUUGGUCAGCUCUUGAAGGAUAGGUCCGGUGACGCAUUGUGGCGCCACAAUUUCUCAGGCCUGAUCUACAGAGAGUUCAAUGCGCCACUCAUACCAAAGGAUCUCGGUGGACCUAAAUCGCUCAUCAGAGAACCCGAGCGGUUCUGGAUGCAACUCUCCGCUUGUCUCUCUCAGGAAGUCGAGCUGCUGGACGCUUGGGUCCCAGAAGACCAACUGAAAGUAAUGGGAAGAGUACAGAUCCUCGUUUUUUGGCUCUUGUCAUACCAAAAAGCUCGUACGUCCGCGCAGAAUUUUUUCAAGAAUAUUAGGCACAAUCACCCGAUCGCUACCGCAGUGCUCGAUCCACAGGUAGCUCUUCCAACGACAGUCGUAGCCUCAAUCCUCCUUACUCCGUUCCUUAGCGAAGAUCAUCAGGAUAUCAACCCUGAGCUAGCGGCUAUCCACAGCGGCUUACCCCCGUUCUCGACCCCUUUCGGUCCUAGUGUGCUUCACUGUGGCUUUGAACGAUGCCCUGCCUCCUUCAUACCUAGUACACCCAUAGAGGUCAAUUUGCGUUCUCUGCAGCAGAUCCGAGACGCAAGGGCGGAACACUUCGUCCAAGUUUUUGGAAUCCGCGGUCGCUUCGAGGACAACAUGACUGGUCUACCAUCCGUCACGUCGAACACGGGACCUCCCAGCUCACGACACGUCAAUCUCCACAGUGGCUUGGUGCGCACUUGGGCUUCUUUGGCCACAGGAGAACGUCGAGCAAUUGCUGCUGGACCUGGUGAAGCGUUUGACGCUUUUGUGGAGAAGUCGCGGAGGCAAAUAUGCGAGACAUGGAGGGGUGAUAUCUUCAGCUCUGGGAUUCAGCAUGCCGUUCGAGCCAUAAUACCGAGUUUCUUCGAGGCCCUCAGGGAGGCGUUGCGCCGAGAAGGUGCGGAGGACUGCGAGGAUGUGGCCGCGUAUGAGCAUGACUUCGACAAAAACAGAAUGGAGUUCAAGGUGAAGUACGAGCUCGCGGCUUGAGGCGACGACAUUGGUCGAGUCGGUGGACGUUUUGUGUUUUUAUCGGAGCUUGCGCAUGUUUUUCCUCUGUCUGUAGGUACGAUUGGAUGAAUAAACGAUGGAAUGGUUCCAGCUACUCAUUUUCUUUUGACACGAGCCAUGGACGACCGGAUUCGAACCCUUAGCCAUAGAUACUAGGGCGCGUGGAAUCCAUGUAAUUGACGAAAGAUAAAUAAUUGAUGUAUAGAAUGAGCUUAUGUUCCGUAUCUGCUUCUCGUAGGCAUAAUGAAGCUUUCGCCGAGGCGCUACGUAGAAUAUUUCACAAGAUCGGCCUGGGGGCAGCGGG